AUAAUCUUCGACGAGAAAACUACAUUACAUUGAUGAAGUGGAAGCACGAUAAAGAAUUGGUUUUUGUCAAUUGAAUGGCAGACCAAUGGCUUCAUCACUUCAGAUUUACGAGUGUCGUGAAAAAUGUUUGAAUUGAAGUAUUCUUUCAAAUAUUUGGUUGAAAUGGUGGAGAGUAUGAUCGGCAAAGAGAGCACAAAUUUCUACCUUGGUGAAACUGAUUUCUGUGAGGCAGACUCGGUUGAUGGGCCAUUCGAUGCAGGUUAUUCAUGGCUAUCAGACGACGAGCCAUCAAUGUUUAUCAAAAGAAUUGACUCGGACUUAAUCAUUUAUGAACCUAAGACCAGAAAAGCUAAAAUUAUUGGCAAGUAUUUAAUGGGAGAUAUGUUAGGAGAGGGAUCAUACGGUAGAGUUAAAGAAAUUUUAGAUAUGGAAACGUUAAAAAGACGAGCUGUCAAAAUAAUGAAGAAAAGGAGAUUAAGGCGUAUACCAAAUGGUGAAGAAAAUGUUCAAAGGGAGCUGCGACUAUUGAGAAGACUGAAACACAAGAAUAUCAUUGAGCUUAUUGAAGUGAUCUAUAACAUAGAGAAAGAAAAAUUAUAUAUGAUACUUGAAUAUUGUGUUGGGGAAUUACAAGAAAUGCUGGACAAGACUGAAAAUCAUAAAUUUCCAAUUUGGCAAGCGCAUGGGUACUUUGUUCAACUGGUGGAUGGUUUAGAAUACCUUCAUGGCCAAGGUAUUAUUCAUAAAGAUAUUAAACCCAGCAAUCUUCUUUUAACAACUGAUGGUACAUUAAAGAUUAGUGACUUUGGUGUUGCUGAGAGGUUAGACAUGUUUUCUCCUGAUGAUACGUGUAAAACAAGUCAAGGAUCACCCGCUUUCCAACCACCAGAAGUCGCUAAUGGACUGGAAUCAUUUUCUGGCUACAAAUUGGAUAUUUGGGCAUCUGGUGUAACACUUUACAACAUUACUACUGGUCUCUAUCCAUUUGAAGCUGACAACAUUUAUAAAUUGUUUGAAUGUAUUGGUAAAGGAGAGUUCACUAUACCGAAAGACAUUGACUCCAGUUUAGAAAGUUUGCUAUGUGGAAUGCUCAAACGUGAUUUAUUUGAAAGAUUUUCGUUACAGGAAAUUCGACAACACAAUUGGUUUAAAAAAAAACAUUCCAUUAUUGGUGAAUGUGUACGAAUACCACCUUUACAAAAUGGUGAUCCAUAUCGUAGUAUGAGUGUUAUGCCUUAUCUACAAGACUUACAUAGUACAGAAAGUGAAGCAACUUCAGUGGAAAUUGAAGGUGAUUCAAACAAGUGUUCCCUUUCAUGCUCAAAAGAAGAUGUGGUUGUUGCUGAAAACAUCGAGUCAAAACAACUUUCAAAGAAGAAAAAAUCAAAGCAGAAAAUUGUAUCUUGUAAACAACAAUAAUCAUUUCUCAGUAAAUAUUUUAUAAACUAUGUGCAUUAACACUGAUAAUUUAAACUAUAAGAAUUUUCCCAGUUUUAAUGUAAAUACAGUCCAUAAAUUUCAUUAUUUAUUAUGAUGUAAGAUCUGCAAGAUCUUUUUCAAAUAAUAUUUCAUUAUAUUCGGUAUCAGUUACUACUCGCAACGCUUGUAGUUCUAAACGUCUGAAUAAAAAAAUGAAAUGUUUGUUA